AUGGACAACGCGAAGUUGAAAUUAAUACUUUACACUAUAUUGGCUCUACAGUGCUUACCAAAUCGUCUAAUACACUUGUCGUAUGCUGCACGCAUACUCGGCUUCUUUGCGUCGGGCACCAAAUCACAUUUGCUCAUACACUGCAGCAUCGCAGAGGAGCUGGCACGCGCUGGACAUGAGGUUACUGUAAUUGGCAUUACCGAAAAUGUUUACCCGAAUUCUACAUAUAAGCAUGUACGACUACAACUCAGCGAUACUACGGAGCAGCAAACGAAAAUAUUGACGAACGUGGUGAAUGGACGUAUCUCCUUACUGAGUACCGUUAAAGUGCGUCUGCAUCAAUAUAUGAGUAGAGCGGAUGAGAUCAUGCGACAUCCGUGGAUGCGUGAGUUUUUGAGUAACAGUCGUGCAGGCGACUAUGAUUUGUUACUCUUCGGUUACGUUAUGAACGAGUUUCAGUUUGGUUUAGCUGCGCAUUUCCGUUGCCCCAUUGUCUUAUCGUGGAUGAUACAACCGGCUUUGCAAAUCAAUCGAUUUGUAGGAAAUCCACAGAUGUUGGCGUAUGUACCGUCUUUUGCCAGUGGUUUCAAACAGCCCAUGAAUUUUAUGGAGCGGGUGAAGAACUUUUUGAUGAUGCAAUUCGAACAAAACAUGGUUGUGCCCUAUAUGGAUUAUCAUACACAGAAGUUAUAUGAGUAA